CGUGAAAGUUAUAUUUACCCAGUUAUUGUUCAUUUUGUGUAAGAUGGAGGAGAAAAAUAGUUCUGGAAACACUGCAACAGUGGAAAAUUCGGUGGCAAACCCGUCACCUGCGAAAAAGUCUGUAAAAUCGAAGACAAAAUCACAGCGUACUAAAUCGUCGCAUCCAUCAACUGCGGAUAUGGUGAACGCUGCUAUCAAAGCGUUACAAGAUCGCAAAGGAUCGUCACUUCAAGCUAUCAAGAAAUACAUAGCAACGACGUAUAAAGUUGAUGGUGAAAAAAUGGCGCCAUUUAUUAAGAAGUACUUGAAAACUGCCGUAACUGCCGGGGCGGUGGUGCAAACUACGGGAAAAGGUGCCUCUGGCUCGUUCAAGCUGUCCACAUCUUCGAAGGGUUCCGAAUCUAAGAGCAAAUCCAAACGCCUCGUGAAACGGACUGUAUCUGCUGCAGCUGAAAAGAAAGCUGUGGAGAAGCCAGCGAGUCCUAAGAAAGCGACUGCCCCGAAGAAAGCACCAGUAGUGAAGAAACCGGCCGCGGCAGCCAAGAAACAAUCUUCUUCGAAGAAAGCAGCUAAAACUGUUGCUGCUAAGAUAACAGAAUCUGUGAAACGAAAGGCAGCACCACCACCGAAGAAUUUGUCAAAAGCGAAGAAAGCCACAAAAGCGCCAGCAGCAAAGACGAAAACUCCAAAACCAAAAACAGCAAAAUCGCCGAAAAUCGCAAGAGCAGCGGCGAAAAAGUAAUUCGUUGAAGAAUACAUACCAAUUGGCCCUUUUCAGGGCCACAAAUCUUAUUUUACAAAGAAACAAUCUUUGUUUGCACUCGGCAAGAUUUACCUGUUCAUUCCAAAUUCCUUUCUCCUUUAAAAUAAGAUUUUGAUACAAAUUUUAUGCAAAAUGUGCAUUUCCUUUGCAAAUCUGCAAUGUGUGUUAUCUUAUCGGUUUACAUACAUGUAUUGUCUCCGUAGAAUCAUUGCUUCAUACGACAUUCUGUUAGAAUCAUUUAUUUGAUAAGCGCUUUUUCUAAGGUAGGUCGUUCAAGGCAAAAGUAAAUAUUUGUUUCUAUGCAGUGUUCUGAAAGUAAGCGUAGGUUCAAGAAUAUGUUUCUCACGCGAAUCACUUUAGACACACAAUGUUGUUCAUAGUGAAGUCAUUAAAGUUCAAAUAAAAUUUAAUUACUGGACAACAACAAUUUGAUUAUUGAAAGUAUAAAUUCUCGUUUUAUUUUUAAAGCAUUUACUAACUUGGAUUUUCCAAUUAUAUUUCAAAAUGUACGUACAAUAGCUUUCCUUUUUAAUAAAAUACUGAAGUGUUCGUAACGCUUUAAAUUGAAAUGAAUGCAGCAUGUCGUUAAAUAUAUUUGAAAAUACUUGUAUAAGUGCUCAAUGCAAAUUUCCCAUAGGUUUAGUAAAUAUUUUAUGGUUAGCAGAAACUCGAAUCAGAUCUGUAUUAACAUAUGUAAAUCAAUCAUUAUCUUCCUUUUUUAUCAACUCUUUAAAGUUUUCUCAUAACGCUGGAACUGCACUUUAGCAACAGUAAGCAACAAUUUACAUUCAAUUGCAUUUAAGUAUCUUUGUAGGUACGAACUCUUUUAAAAAAUAUGUGGGUAAAAGAUUAUAAUUAAAUAUGAUAUCGCAGUGCAUACGUACAGUAUCCCUGUAUAGGGAUACAAGUAUUUUAUUUUACUUUCAGAUCUUAUUAAUUGUUCAUUAAAACAUAUGAAUAUAAUAUGUA